UAGGUGCCGGAAGUGCCGCCAUUUUGGGGUGUUCUGCUCGGGCGGCAGCGGCAGCGGCGGCGGGACGCGGAGGCUCCCCCGGGACUCGGCCUCAGCAGUGAGGAGGCGGCGGCGGCGGCUGCGAAGGCGAAGGCAGCAGCUGAGGCAGCGGCGGGCUCAGGUGCAGCCGCUGAGUGAAGACAAUAGUCCAGAGAGGGAGGUGGAAAGCUACAGGCUGAACAUAACUUCUUUUUUUCAAAGUUCCCUGUAUUGUGAACUGAGCUUGAGUGAAGUCUUUGAGGAAGCUAAAGCUGUGUGUAUUUGUGGAUCAGACAAGUGCAGCAAGUUAAUAACAUUGGCUUCUGAAGGGGAGAGUGAGGUGAUGGCUGCGUUUAAGUUGGAUUUCCUUCCAGAAAUGAUGGUGGAUCAUUGCUCUUUGAAUUCCAGUCCCGUCUCAAAGAAAAUGAACGGCACCCUGGACCACCCAGACCAACCGGAUCUUGAUGCUAUCAAGAUGUUUGUGGGCCAGGUUCCAAGGACCUGGUCAGAGAAGGACUUGAGGGAACUGUUUGAACAGUAUGGUGCUGUCUAUGAAAUCAACGUCCUAAGGGAUAGGAGCCAAAACCCUCCUCAGAGCAAAGGGUGCUGUUUUGUUACAUUUUACACCCGAAAAGCUGCAUUAGAAGCUCAGAAUGCUCUUCACAACAUGAAGGUCCUCCCAGGGGUAAGAAAGCUCCUACUAAUGCAUCAUCCUAUACAGAUGAAGCCUGCCGACAGUGAGAAGAACAAUGCAGUGGAAGACAGGAAGCUGUUUAUUGGUAUGAUUUCCAAGAAGUGCACUGAAAAUGACAUCCGAGUCAUGUUCUCUUCAUUCGGACAGAUUGAAGAAUGCCGGAUAUUGAGGGGACCUGAUGGCCUGAGCCGAGGUUGUGCGUUUGUGACCUUCACAACAAGAGCCAUGGCACAGACAGCUAUCAAGGCAAUGCACCAAGCACAGACCAUGGAGGGCUGCUCUUCCCCCAUGGUGGUAAAAUUUGCUGAUACACAGAAGGACAAAGAGCAGAAGAGAAUGGCCCAGCAGCUCCAGCAGCAGAUGCAGCAGAUCAGCGCAGCAUCUGUGUGGGGAAACCUUGCUGGUCUAAAUACUCUUGGACCCCAGUAUUUAGCACUUUAUUUGCAGCUCCUUCAGCAGACUGCCUCCUCUGGGAACCUCAACACCCUGAGCAGCCUCCACCCAAUGGGAGGGUUAAAUGCAAUGCAGUUACAGAAUUUGGCUGCACUAGCUGCUGCAGCUAGUGCAGCUCAGAACACACCAAGUGGUACCAAUGCUCUCACUACAUCCAGCAGUCCCCUCAGCGUACUCACCAGUUCAGCAGGGUCCUCACCCAGCUCCAGCAGCAGCAGCUCUGUCAAUCCCAUCGCCUCCCUUGGAGCCCUGCAGACACUAGCUGGAGCAACAGCAGGCCUCAACGUCAGCUCCUUGGCAGGGAUGGCUGCUUUAAAUGGUGGGCUGGGCAGCAGUGGCCUUUCUAAUGGCACUGGGAGCACCAUGGAGGCCCUCACGCAGGCCUACUCGGGGAUCCAGCAAUAUGCUGCGGCGGCGCUCCCCACUCUGUACAACCAGAACUUGUUGACACAGCAGAGUAUUGGUGCUGCUGGAAGCCAGAAAGAAGGUCCAGAAGGAGCCAAUCUGUUCAUCUACCACCUGCCCCAGGAGUUCGGAGACCAGGACCUGCUGCAGAUGUUCAUGCCCUUUGGGAAUGUCGUGUCUGCCAAGGUUUUCAUAGACAAGCAGACAAACCUGAGCAAGUGUUUUGGUUUUGUAAGUUACGACAAUCCUGUUUCGGCUCAAGCUGCCAUCCAGUCCAUGAACGGCUUUCAGAUUGGCAUGAAGCGGCUUAAAGUGCAGCUCAAACGUUCGAAGAAUGACAGCAAGCCCUACUGAGCGUGCUCCCCUCUGAGACUGGAGUGAGAGGGUCUUCUGAUUCCUGCCGUUUGUUCAUCGUUGUGCCUAAAGCAUGUCGAUGUGGCGUCAAGUACAUCGUCCAAAUCCCUGUCUCUUCAGCUUCUCUGAUGCUUGAACUCUCACCUUUGACCUUGUGUUGACCUUUGAUGCUGACGUGUAUUUUUAUUAUGUUUGUUUCUUUCUUUGUUUUUUCUUUUUUCUUUCCUUUUUUUUUUCUUUUGUGCUGCCAAAUUGGUUUUGCUAGAACGACUGCUGAAGGGGAAAUAUUUAAACUUGCAUUUGAAUAUAAAAAAAUCUAUUUUUCUAGAACUUCAUAAGAUAACCACUUGAUUUUGUGAUUCCAAUUCUUUGUAAUUGUCUUCAGAGCAGCCCUACUAGCACAUACCGCGUGGUGUUUGUAUUUCUGUGAACACACAGCCAGUCUGUUUCUAGGCUUUGUUUCUCUGUGUGCUUAGUUUUAAAGACAACUUUGAAGUAAACAAUGAAAUAAAAGAUGUCACUAAAACCUUUGAGGCUCCUGAGCACAUUUUGCUGAUAUAGUUUGUGGGGCUUGAGGAGACCGCAUGUGUUCCUAUUUUUGUUUUUCUGAGUUCUCAACUGCAGAAAACACCUGAAUCCUUUUUGACCACCGGCUGCAGUUUGGGCCCCAGCCAGCCCUUUUUCUUUUGUGGUUCUUCCCUGGAGCAACCCUGCCGGGAGUCUGCAGAUCCCUUUGGCCCCUUCCCCUCAGCCCUGCUGUGCCCACCUCCAUGCUUCUUCCUGCAGUCUCCACAGCAAAAUGUGAUGCUUUGAUUUUUUUUGUUUUUGUAUUGUUUUUGUGUUUUUGUUUUGAAUUUUUUCUUUUCCUACUAAGAUUAUGCCCAGAAAAAACAAGUUUUGCAUGUUUCCUGCUGUUUCUUCACACCUUCGUAUAUAUCACCUUCACCUCUCUGUUUUCUAUAGUUUGUGCAGAAACUGACCGAUUUAAAAGGGUUUCAAAGAAGCUGUUUUAAAUUGAUGUGGGGUAAUUUUUUUUUUCCAAGAUUGUAUUAUUUUUAUUUUGAAGUGGCAACUUUCUCCUCUAUUGCCCUUAGAGCGUUUGCCUGUGCACUUAGACUGUCACCUCAUACGGCCUCCGGGUCUCGGCAGGGCCUUCAGGAGGCCGGUUGCUCUGCUCAGAGGCGGGUGGGAAGGGGGUCCAGAGAGGCACAGGGGCAGAGGUAGAACUCAGAAGGCGGCUGUGGGUGGGCGAGAGGCUAGUGAGCACCCUCAGCGCCGAAGAAGGAGGGCGCUCUUAGCCACUCGCGGGAGGCCGUCUGCGCCCGAAGUGGCAGUACAUCUGUAGCGCUUCUCCUAGGUGACAAGCACAAUACUACAGUCUUCACACUGUUUACAGCCCUGGGCACCAGCCACCCCACACUGGCUCCUCACUGCAGCUCGGCUCUUGGCUCAGCUAGUGGGGUGGGGGUUAGGGCGGGUUUGGUUUUGUUUUUUUGUUUUUGUUUUGUUUUGUUUUUUAAUUGGGUGAAGAGCCAAAUAGCUACUGUCCCUGGGUGCCAGGCAAGCCAGUUCCUUGGUUCCCUGAGGGGAACUUGCCCUCCUCUCUUGUGGCACCAUCCAGCCUCAGGGUCUUAGGGACUUGAGUAAGAAUGUGAAGGGCAGAGGGAGAGGUCAGAGGAGAUGAGAGGUCACACGAUGGAUCUGUGGAGGUAAGAGGUUGCAGAGGGAGGAGUUUGGGAUAGAUCCCACCCAGGCCUAAGCUGCUGGUGGGUGAGAGAGCUGCGAAGUAGGAUUUCCAGGGAAGGAUGGAGAGGGGUAGCCGAGGGA